GGUCCGGGCGUGGGAGGGGGGCGGGAAGCGCUUCUGGGCAGCGGAGCCCAUGUCAGCCCUGAGGCGCUCGGGUUACGGCCCCAGUGACGGCCCGUCUUACAGCCGCUACUACGGGCCGGGCGGUGGGGAUGUGCCCGUGCACCUCCCUCCGCACAUGUAUCCUCCUCUGCGCUCCGAACCUCCCCAGCCCCCAGUUUCGUGGCGGGCGCGCGGGGGCGGCCCGGAGUCCACCUGGCCUGAAGGCGGAGGCGGUGACGGCUACUAUUCCUCCGGGGGCGCCUGGCCGGAACCAGGUCGCGCUGCUGGAAACCAGCAGGACCAGUCACCAUAUCCUGGCUACAACCCUAAUUACUGGAAUUCUGCUGCACGACCUAGGACCCCAUACCCAAGUACAUAUGCUAUGAGACCAGAGUUACAAGGCCAGAGUUUGAAUUCUUAUGCAAAUGGAGCGUAUGGUUCACCGUAUCCUCCGGGUCCAGGGGCAAAUACUGCCUCCUACUCGGGGGCUUAUUAUGCACCGAGCUACAGUCAGACCAGUUAUUCCACCGACGUUCCGGGCGCUUACCGUGCAGUGGGCAGCAGUCCAAGCCCGGUCUCUCGGUGGGUGUAUCCACAGCAGGACUGUCCGAAUGAAGCCCCACCACUCAGGACACAGGUGCCAGGAUAUCCUGCUUCACAGAACCCUGGAGUGACAGUGCCCCAUUACCCCUAUGGGGACAGUAAUCGCAGUGUUCCACAGUCAGGAGCAACUGGACGACCCCAGGAGGACGCCUGGGCUGCUGCUGGCACUUACGGGAUGGACACCCAUUAUCCCUGGCCUUCCGCCGCGCCUUCAGCACCGCCGGGGAGUCUCUACCUGACCGAAAGUACUUCGCCGUGGCCCAGCAGUGGCUCUCCUCAGCUACCUCCUUCACCUCCACCCCAGCAGCCCAAGGAUGCCUCCUAUACCUACAGCCUGUCUGAUCAAGGCAUGAGCCGGCACAGCUUUGGGUGCAGUGUCCAUCAGUACGAGUCCGGAGGCACCGUGAAUAGCAACCACUCGGAGCCUUUGGAGUCCCAGGUGCAGUACAGCGCGGAGCCCCAGCUCUACGGCAGCACCGCCAGUGAGCAGCCCUGCAGCCCAGAGCGGCAGGAUCACCUCCCUGAAGAGCGUUUGCCUCCCAGUGAAAGUACUCCUCCAAGCAUUAAAAAAAUCGUACAUGUACUGGAGAAGGUCCAGUAUCUUGAGCAAGAGGUAGAAGAGUUUGUAGGUAAAAAGACAGACAAAGCAUACUGGCUUCUGGAAGAAAUGCUAACAAAGGAACUUUUGGAACUAGAUUCUGUGGAAACGGGGGGCCAGGCCUCUGUCCGGCAGGCCAGGAAAGAGGCUGUUUGCAAGAUCCAAGCCAUACUGGAGAAAUUAGAAAAAAAAGGAUUAUGAGAGGAUUAGAAUGAAUUGGAAGCCAUUACUUGGCCAAAGAACUCUUUGAUUUUGGUUAGUUACAGAUGUUUUGAAAUGCCUGUUGAUGUCAAGAAGCAAUACAUUCCAACCUUCCUUUGAUCUGAAAUUUGAAAAACUGGCAAAGAAAUAGAAGAACAUUUCAUUUAUGAGUCUUUUCAGUUUUCAGACGAAUGAAUGUAAUAGGAGACUAUGGAAUUGCCUGUACUGCCAAGUAGACUCACUUCUCAAGGAAGUUUAGAUAUUUGCAAGCUGCUUCUUAUCAUCAGGAAGGAAAAAUAGUGACAGGUUAUUAGGAAGCGAGGAGAGGAAACUGGAUAUAAUCUGAGACAAACAUGUUCUGUUUUUGUGAACAUAUGACUAACUUGUCACAUUUUUGUACAUUGUGACUGCUUUGAGCUGAGCACUUCAUGUGUAAAUUACAGCUUAGACUUUAGCCUUCUUUGACCUCUGUUUUGUUUUGUUAUUUGCAGUUCACAAAUACAGUAUUAUUCUCUACUUCUUGGUACCAUUUUGUAAUAAUAUGUUGAAUUAUCAAGAGACUGUCUUGGCAAUUCUAAAUGAAUUUGUACCCUUUCACAGCUUGAAUAUUGUAAUGUGUAGUGACUUCCUAAGAUAAACUGUCUUUUUUUUUAUAGCUAGGGUUAGAAUUCUUAGCAUUUUUACUUUUCUUCCUCCUUUUUAAAAUUAGUAUUGGGGAGUAAACCCAGUGCACACUAGGCAAGCUCUUGCCACUGAGCUACAUCCCCUGGCUCUUUUUAUUUUUGAGUUAGGGUCUUGCUGAGUUGCCCAGGUUGGCUUCUAACUUGAAGUUCUCCUGCCUCAGCCUCCCAAGUAGCUGAGAUAAAGGCAUGUACCACCAUGCCUGGUUAGCCUUUCUACUUUUCAUAGCACAUAAAAGGCACAUUUGGAAAUAGCAUUGACAUAGAAAUGUCAGUGUAUUUUGAUAAAGAUACACUUUUAAAUUACCUUUAUUUUUUUUAACAAAAUAUUACUAUUGCUGCUUCUAUAGAUAAUCUUAGGGUAUAGAUUGAAAACAAAUGCUGCAGUGAGAGAAAUGACUGCAAAAAGUAAUAAAUAUGAUCAUUUGAUGAUACUGUUCUCCCUUUCAGCUGUUAGUUUCAUCAGUGAAGAUCCUAUGGGCAGAUUUCAGCUCAGUUUAUACUUAAAAAUGAGUACAGUAGGAGAUUCAUGCUCAGGGAAUGAAUCAGCCAUAGCUAGAGUGGGAAAUUAUUUUCUUCUUUUAAAGGUAGAUUUGAUGUUUACUUUGUAGAGUAAAUUUCAUAGACAGAAUUGCCUGUUUCAUAAAAAGAUGCUAAUUGCUAUUAAUAAUAGUCAUUUUUGAGCCAAAUUUCAGAAAAGGAUAUUGAAGAGUCUCAGAUGGCAUCACUUGGGUAAUGCUAUUCCAUCAUACAGAGAAGACUUAGGAAAAGCACUUACCUUUUACAUCUAAAGUGGGCUCAGAUCUAUACUGUCUGCUUUCAGAAAAACAGCUGUUUCUUAAUAAGAUACCCAAGUGAUAAUUUUUCUUUCACCUAGGUGCCAGGCCUCUUGGCUAUACUAAAUCUAUUAGUCCUCUCCUCUAUUCAAAAUAGAACCAAACCAGUAAAAACAUAUUAGAUGAUGAGAAGAAAUGUAAGAAUGUUGAUUGGAUCUUAUGCUUGGGAGGUGGUUUUGGUUUUUUUUUUAGAUGGGGUCUCGCUAUAUAGUUCAAGUUGGCCUUGAACUCACUAUGGAGCCCAGGCUGGUUUCAAACUCAAUCUUUCUGCCUCAGUCUCUUGAUUGCUGGAAUUAUAGGGGGAUAAGUGAAUUUUGCUGAAUAAUAGGGUGAUAAUUUUAUUCUAGAAUUUUUAUUUUUGAGCUCAUAUAGGAAUAUUUUUAAGUUUUUCUAUGAAAAUUAGAAAAUUAGACUUCAGGCUGAAACUUUAGAAGAGAGAGAAACUUAAAUCUAAGUUACCUAUGAGGCCCUUUAAAUUACUAAAUGCCCAACAUGCCAAUUUUCAUGAAGUCUUGAUAUAUAUAUAAAUAUGUAUGUACAAAUGUAUAUGUUAUGCAAAAACAUACAUAGAUAUGUGUAUCUUUUUAAAGUUAUUUUUAAAGCUUUUAGUAUGAUUUUAGACUUACAGAAAAGUUGUACAAUAGAGUUCCUAUAUACUCGUCAUUGACCUUUUCCUUAUGUGCAUUUUACAUCAGCCUUUGAGCACUCGUUAAAUUAAGAAACUGACCUUGCUACAAUACAACACUGCUAACUAGAGAGUUAAAAGUAGAGAUUUUAUUAGGCUUUUUACUAAUGUUCCCUUAUCGUUGCAGGAUCCAUUCCAGGGCCUAAUCUCGCCUUCCCUUGUCACGUCUCUGGUCUGUGACAGUUUGUCCUAAUGGGCUGUAUUUCUGGUGUUGUGAAACCAGUCAUUAUGCUAAGGUGGUGUCUGCUAGGAUUCUCUACUAUAUAUCACUGUUCUCCUUUGUAAUUAGUAAACAUUUGCUAGAAAUCCCUUGAGACUAUGCAAAUGUCCUGUUUCGGCUUCACCCUUUGCCACUUCCUUGUGUACUAUCCACUGGCAGACCUUGCUUGUAGCAGCUACUACUGUGAUAGUCGAUUGGUGAUUUUCUCCUUUUCUCAUUUCUUCUAUAUUUAAUAACUGGAAUUCUGUAAGGGAGAGUCAUCACAACUAGGUUUAUAUUUUUAGUUAUAGUAAGAUAUUCAGGAUAGGUACAAAUUUAAAAUUUAAAGAUGUAUACUAUGUUAAAAUGAUUCUAAAUGCAAGUAUCAAAGAACUGAGUUGGUAACCUGUCUCAGAAAAUAGAAGGACUUUAAGAAGGAAAAUAAUAUUUAUGAUUUGUAGAAUUGUUUUAACUUUUCACUUGGUGUUGACUUUAGAGUGAAAUUUAAAAAAAAUUUUUUUUCAAAUUUCACAUUUGGACUUUGAAAAAUUGCCUAAAUUUAUAUUAUUUAGGGGGUCAUUUUUGUCAAAAUCUUAAAUAAAGUUACCCAGACCUAGCAUGAUCAACACAGCUAUGUUUUCUUUAUAGUAAGCCACAGUUGUCCCAAAUACAAACAUCAGUAUAAACCUUUAAAAGAGUCAGCUGCAGUGGGGCAUCUAUGGCAUGGAUUAUGCUUGUGUCCAUGUACUGGUGCAGAAUUCUUUUAAUGCUCUAAGAAGUGAGGUUGGAGAGCAGGUCUCCAGCUGAUUAAUGUAGAUAAUACUGUUUAAGCAUAUUUUUUUUAAAAAAUUGAAUAAUAUAGAUUAAUUGGCAUUUUAAAAAAUAUGUUGAGGAAAUGUAGAGUUGAGGGCACUUUUUUCUUAAACGUUGUGAGUUUACCAUAAUUCAUGCAAGUUACAAGUAACCAGUCAAGUCUGUGAAAGCAGAAUUUUUCUGAUUCCCACACUUAUUUUUCUUGUUUUGAAGACAACCAGUUUCAAAUGUGCAACACAUUUAAAAAUAUAUUUUGAUAUUUUUAAAUAGUACAAUUACGUUGCUUUUUCUUUACCUAUCAAUUUUAAGCCUUUUUUUCUGAUUUUUUAUGUGGCGGAUGAGAAAUUGGGGUUUAUCUCUUGGCCCCUACUACUCACACAUCGCAGCCUGCCCUCCUCCUCUUCCCUACGCCUCAGUAUGGUUAUGUAGUAAUCUCUCUGUAAAUGUUAACCAGAGCUCUGCCAAGUAAUAAACUGUGAUUUCAUUUCCUGAGUAACUAUA